UCCAAUCAAUGGCGACUAAGCUUGCUUUGUUUGUGAUUUUCAUGUCCUUUUCAUUGGUUCCGCCAACCCUGUCUUCUGUAGUCACCAAUGGGAUAGACUAUUGGUGCGACAGAACCCCAAACCCUCAGCCUUGUAAGUAUUUCAUGCGCCAGAAAGGCAAAAGCUACGUGCCUAAGCAAAAAUCUGAGUUCCGCAAAAUGGCAGUCCAAAUAGCCCUCGACCGUGCGCUCAAUGCUCAGAGUCACAACAAGGGGCUCGGGAAGAAAUGUAGAAAUGACAAGGAGAAGGCUGCAUGGGCUGAUUGCUUGAAACUCUACGAAGAAACCAUUCUUCAACUCAACCAAACCUUAGACUCCACCAAAUGCACCGAUUUUGACGUGCAAACCUGGCUAAGUACUGCGCUGACCAACCUUGAAACCUGUCGGGCAGGCUUCGUGGAGCUAGGAGUUUCUGAUUACAUAUUGCCCCUUAUGUCCAAUAAUGUCUCAAAGCUAAUAAGCAAUACUUUGGCUUUGAACAAUAAUGCUUCAUUUGUGCCGCAGACUUAUAAACACGGCUUUCCUAGGUGGCUCAAGGCUGGCGACAGAAAGCUCUUGCAGUCGUCUUCGCCAACACCAAAUCUUGUGGUGGCUCAAGACGGGUCCGGGAACCAUAGGACCAUUAAGGAAGCGCUUGACGCCGCUGCAAAAAGGAGUGGAAGUGGGAGAUUUGUGAUACAUGUGAAGCGUGGGGUUUACAAGGAAAAUCUUGAGAUUGGCAACAAACUGAAGAAUAUCAUGUUGGUUGGAGAUGGUUUGAGGUACACAAUUAUCACUGGCAGCAGGAGUGUUGGAGGUGGUUCCACCACUUUCAACUCUGCAACUGUUGCGGUGGCUGGUGAAGGGUUCAUUGCCCGUGGCAUAACAUUUCGCAACACCGCAGGUCCGCAGAACCACCAAGCAGUGGCCCUCAGAUCAGGCUCUGAUCUUUCGGUCUUCUACCGCUGCGGCUUCGAGGGAUAUCAAGACACGCUCUACGUCCAUUCCCAGCGACAGUUCUACAAGGAAUGCUACAUAUAUGGCACAGUAGACUUCAUCUUCGGAAAUGCAGCUGUGGUGUUGCAAAACUGCAUGAUUUAUGCAAGGAGGCCAAUGGAUAAGCAAAAGAACAUCGUCACUGCCCAAGGCAGGACCGACCCUAACCAAAAUACUGGCAUUUCAAUCCACAAUUCACGAGUAAUGGCAGCCAAUGACCUUACCCCGGUGCUUUCUUCAUUCAAAACGUUCCUAGGACGGCCAUGGAAAGAGUACUCACGAACUGUUUUCAUGCAAACUUAUCUUGAUUCUUUGGUGGAUCCAGCAGGCUGGUUCGAGUGGGAUGGUGACUUUGCUCUAAACACUCUGUAUUAUGGAGAGUACAAAAAUAUUGGCCCAGCAGCUCCGACGAGCAGAAGGGUGACAUGGAAGGGUUAUCGAGUUAUAACCAGCGCUACUGAAGCAUCAAAGUUCACAGUAACUAACUUCAUUGCUGGAAGAUCAUGGUUGCCGGACACUGGGAUACCUUUCACCUCUGGCCUUUGAGUUUAUCACAGUGCAUCACUCUUUUCAAUUUGUUUCUUAAAAUAUAUUGUUUUGUUCUUUCAUUGCUGCGGUGUCUUUGUGAAUUUACUUAAUCCUUGCGACAAUGUCAAGGAAUUCUUCGUUGAUCAUACAUAAUUAUAUAAUGUGAUUUUUCAGCAAGUC